GGUUUCGUUUGUUUGUUUGUUGUUACUUGUUGUGCAUUUGCGAUUUGUGGAUUUUUUGUCUUACAAACAUUAUGUUCCUUGCUUACAAAGUUUAAAGAAUAUAUUACUUUCUACGAAGAGAUUGGCAAUUUUGAUUUAGUCUGCUUUCACUUAAUUUCAUUUAGCUCAAUCAAUUGAUUUCAUUACAUACAUUUUCCAUUUUUAAAAAUUAUUCAAACACAAUGCCUCGCAGUAGCGCACCUUCGUACUUGCAAUUGGAAAAGCUGGUAGAUAUCUUGGAAAAUAAACGGUGGCUCGGGACAGGACCCUUCCGAACAGCUUUUGCCAGAAACCGUAGUAGGAUCGAAUGGGAAGAAACGGCCUAUAUUUUAAACAAUUGCAAAGGAUAUGGCUGCAUUAAAACCUGGCAACAGUGGCAAAAGUAUUGGAAAGACAAAAAAGGUGCAGUAAAACGCAAAAGCAAUGAAAUUGAAAGGCGACAAACUAUUAGUGGGUUAGGUGACGUAGCUGUGUUGAACCCUCUGGAAGAAAGAAUUUUUGCUCUUAUGGGAGGUGACAAAGUUGCAAAUAAUUUAGAUCCAGACAAUGAACAACAAGAUGGGGAAGGUUUCGAAGACUCAAAAGGAGACAGUCAAGUUGGACCAGCAUAUUUGAAAGAUAAAGAGGUUGCAGUGCAAAAACGCGAAAUUAACGUAACUGUCAUUAAAAAGGAACAAACUAGUGGUGCUUUAGACGAUGCUGCUGAGUUGAACCCGCUUAAAGAAAGAAUUGUCGAUCUCUCGGUGGAUGACAAAAUUACUAGAAAUUUGGAUCGAGACAAUGAUCAACACAACUCGGAAUAUUUAGAGGACUCAAAAGACAGACAGGCUGAACCAGCUGUGAAUUAUAAUUGUAAACACAAAAAGGGUGAAGUGCAAAAUGGCACAAUCAACGAAAUUUUCAUUAAAAAAGAACAAACAGGUGAUGCAUUAGAAGAUACAGAUGACUUGGACCCACUAACAGAAAGAAUUGUCGAUAUCUCGACUGAUGACGAUGUCACUAAAAAUUCGGAGCAAGACAAUGAUCAUCUAGACUCUGAAUAUUUAGAAGACUCGGAAGAAGACAGACCGGCUGAGCCAGUGAAAAGGAGGUAUAGGUCACCAAAGAGACACGAGCGUCCUGGCAGGAAGACACGACGCAAUCUUCUACCAAAAAAACGCCCUUUAAAUCGUCGCUCUGCAAUGGCUAAUUUAACAGAGAGGUUUAUAGCCAUUGAAGAGCGACGAAGUGAAACUGAAAGCCUAUUAGCUCGUUCUAGUGCAGAGAACAUGCAGGCCCAGACCAAAGUGUUAGCACAGUUAGCACUGGCUGUUAAUAACUUGGCGGAAGCCAUAAAAACACAACCAUUCAGGUGCAACAAUUGUAACUGAUUAGGCUUAGGGUGAGAAUGUUUAAUUUUAUAACUAUCACUGACAGAGGUUAAUGUAAAUCAAGCAGGGCACGUUUGGCCGAGGAUCGACGUGCUCUGCUAGAGACACCAUCAACUUCCCAACUGGGCUGAGUUUUUAGUUUUUAUUAAGGAAUUCUUCAUUUUUAAAUAAGUGAGAAAUAAAUAAAUACCUAUGGGUACUUAAGAAUAUUUAUUUUAAGCUUAGAAAAACUCAGUAUUUCAUAGACCAAAUCAAGACUUGAUCCCGUAGGCUUAGCAUGUGUCCACGACACAUCUUGUGAGAAAAAACGAUGUAUUUUUGACCGAUAGUGGCGGAGUUGCCGUAGAGUGAUACUUUCUACUGCAUCACUAUUGCUAGAGAUUUGGCUUUCCUUUAUCUCUCCUUCUUUUCCUAUGUCGUUAUGUAAGAGUAAGACCACAGGAGCUCGUUAAUCAAAGCUAUAUAGACUGGACUCACUGGACAUAUGAGGCAGUUGAUCAGUUCUGAUUGACUGACUGACUGAUGAGUAACCUGUUUAUUCGCUUUUAUCUCUGAAUCUACUUCUAUAUUGGGUGACAAAACAUGCUGUUUUUGUAGGUAGAUGAAAGAAACAUUGUUUUUUGUUCAAUGAUUAAUUAUGUUUUUGUUUAAUAGUUUCAUCUAAUUUUUAUUACUAAUUAGUUGUACCUACUAUAAAUACGAGGCAUUGUUUCAUCAGGAUUUAAUACAAAGAAAAAAGUUAUCUGAAAAAUAUUUAAUUUCAUGCAGAUUUAGCUGUUGUAGACAUCUGCUAUCAAUAAUGAUCAUAAGCUGUCUGUCCACCAGAGCGGAGCGAGGGAUCGUAGCGGAGAAACGGACUAAUGUGGAGCGGAGUUGCGUACUGUGUCUGUACUCCUAUACGGAGUUGCAGACUAUGUUAAAUAAAUAAAUAAAAGUCAAAUUUAAUUUAUUUAACCUCGCUCCGUUUACCCGCUCCGCUUACUGGUUUUAUAUGAAUUUUUAAACUAGCUUGCAAGUCCCUGUCGACUUAAGAGGUGCGGAGAUUUGGUGCACUCCUAUUGGUUAAUAUUUCUCUGUUUCUCGGCUUCGCUGCCUCGCUCCGCUUCAAUGGACUUGCAGCCUAAGAUCCGGUUUCACUGGCUUCACCACGCUGCUUGUAAAGACUCAUUCUGGACAUUCUUCAUUCUGUGGAUGAAAAUUGAUUUCUUAUACACCUGCUAUGUAAAUACUUUUUUAAAUGGACACAGUCUUUAAGAAAGUUCAGAAUUCCACAGAAUUGACAAAACAACUCUAAAUUAUCAUAAAAUAUGAUAAUAUAUUUUUAAAUAUAUUGAAUGAUAGUAGGUACACCAUAGAUUUAUAUUAAAUCUAUUUAAUUUAAUUUUAAGUAAAUGAAACUUUUGGUUUUUUAUUACCAACUUCAAAAAGGUAGUUUCCCCGAUUACUCGACAACGAUUGGGCCGAUUUGGAAAAUUAUAAUUGUUUGAAAUUGAAAGGGAAACCCCACACACGUACAUGUUAUGAUGAGCAAUCGAGGGAACUUAACUCUACACUUUUAUUACAAGAGGAGUUAUUUUUAGUUCACAUGUUAGUGAAGUUCUGGUCAAAAACUACAUCUCUCUAGUCACUAAUAAUUUAUUCAUAGAUUUCACAAAGGCAUUUGUUAUAUAAAAAUAAAUAAGACAGGAAAAAAGAA